AUGGAUGUCGCCAACGCCACCACCACCAAGAAUUCCCCUGACAGCGCUGUCAUCGGUGGAAAGAAGGCUGCUACCAUGCCCAAUUGCACGCUCCGCCCCCAGGCGAAUGAGUUCUUCCCGAUGUCUUCUGCUGGUGAUUAUGCCGGAAAUUACAACAGCAAGUCUUACACUUCCACUGGCGACACUCGGGAAACAUUCACUCCGGGCCCGGCGCGCCCCCAUGUCUCCAAACCACAGAUAGUCGAAAGAUUCGAAGGACCGCACCUGAUUGUAGAUCGAGAGGAGUUCGCCAGGGAUAUGGAACGAUUCGGCAUGAAAGGCCUAAGCGCAUCGCGUUGGGCGUAA